AUGUCUGCUCUGAAGCCAAAUGCACAAGAGGACAAAGACGUGGAAUCGGUGUCUGACAGCCCAGGUCGUACUCAGGAGCCAUUACAGAGUCACACAUUCUCCCUGAAGAACAAUGCUGCAGGUCUGUCCUCAGAUGAACACGAAAACCCUUUAAAUGGAACCCAGCCGAAUCCAUUUGUAUACAGCAGUGUCCCUGCUGUUCCCCAUGCAGGCAAUUCAUUGCCUUCAGGAGCACUUGUUAAUGGACCUGGUUCACACCCCACCUCAGAGGUACACUGUGUCCUGAACAAAGGCACUGUUUUAUCCAACAAUGUCCUGGAUGCCGCGUGGCAAGCGGAGAAGGACACGAGCCCCGAGGUGUUACCACCACCUAGUGAGCUUCAAUCAGACGCUUGGAAGAACACAGCGGGGCUCGCCGUAAAAACACUGGCCACACAGCCAGGUGUCAACACGCCACUGUCUCACUCGGAGGAGAAUGAGUCCAAACUGGCCUAUUCCACACUGUCAGGUGCAGACAGUGCAGAGCAAAUGCACAUUAGCCAACCUUUGACAAAACAGACAAUGAAAACAAGAUCUCGACGGGACGUAGAAUGGUCAGAAAGCUCCUCGGAUGAUUAUGAUGAUGCUGAAGUAAUCAGAUGGGAUUUAGCAAGAGAGUGCUCCUUGCACGAUGACAGAAGGCUGGAGACCAAAGUGAUGCACAAAAGAGACAGGAAGCACAAUACACAUGUAAAGAGCAUGUCAGGCUCUCUAGAAAAGGUUAACAUGAAUCACACAUACAGACGUUCCUGUCUCUGCAGUGGUGAUGAUGAAAAUGUUGACAUUGCCAACAAAGAAGAUUCUUUGGGUACCCGAUCUAAUAUUAAAUAUUCUGCUGUGCCACUCAAAGUUCUUUCUAGGAACAGAGCUUCAGACUCGGAGCACCAUAUUUAUAGCACAGCACGGGAAGGCUGUAAUGAGGAAAAUGACCCUGAAGAUGAAGACAAUUUUAGUUCAAAAGUGGAACAGUUGAAGACGGAACAAGUUGAACAAGAUCCACUUUUCUUUUCAUGCACAAUAUGCAAUGUUAAUUUCAAGGAAAAAAGACAUUUCCAUAGACAUAUGAUGUAUCAUUUAGGCAAGCAUAAUCAGGUGAACAGUGAGAAUGUCUCACAGCCCUUUAUAUGCAGGGAGUGUGGGCGUUUGUUCUGUGAUAGCAACUCCCUCAUGAGGCACAUCGUUAUUCACCAAGACAGGCUGGAAAAACUUAUGGAGGAAAUCAAAGGUCUCAAGAACACUGAACUGGAAGACAGGGGCACUGCAGUGCAGUGCCCUAAAAUCUCUGUCCAGCACGCCAAAACCCAUGAUAAUCUGAAGCAUUACUACUUCUGUGAGGAGUGUAACUACAUUACACUGACACAGCAGGCACUGGAAGCACACCUACAUGUCGCACAUCUCAAUACACACCAGCCUCAAUACAGGAAAAUGUCUCUUACUAAUGAUGCAGAGGAAGUGGACCGUGUUCAGUUUCAGCGUAAAAUGGGGUUCUUCACGAACAGAGACAAAGUAGUCAUUAAAAGACAUUAUGAGGCGAAGCAGCCACGAUGGUACAGUGGUGAUUGCAAAAAGGUUGCUAAACCAAAUCUGUUUAAGUCGACUCUUGGAGAGACAAUCCAUUUCCCCCAGUGUUCCAGAAAAAAAGAGGGCAUUCACAUUCAAAAGUUCAAAACUGUAGAUUCUCCUCAGUUUAAGUACCGUGUCGGCUGCACCAAAAGCAUGCUGCCACCGUCUUUGUGGAGGGUCGACAGGCAUGGAAAAUUACUCCUACAACCAGCAGAAAAAUUAAACGUGGCAAGUGAUCUCACCUGUGUGGAGGAGGACGCUGAAAACAAUGACUGCGAGGCUUUUGGCAGCUCAAAGCAGGCAAACUGUCCUGCUACCACUGAUAUUUUACUAUCAGCCAGAAAUCUUAAAUUAGAGCAGAUGUUCUGUCAGGGUAGCGAGAACGACCCAGCAAGUGGGAGUUUACAAGCGCAAGCGAACCAAAAUUCUCUGUCAAUGAGAAAAAUGUCAACACCCUUGCAUAACACUAUUGACAAUACGAAUGGUAAUAUAUCAGCAAGGAUUAGCCAGAGGCUCAAGAAACAGUCUGCAGAUGAGGAGUUAGAGAAAGGCUGCGAGGGCAGCAAUAACUUCAGUGACGCCAGUGAAGCUACAGGCAGCUUCUUGGAAAGUGAGAAUGUAAGGAACCCGUACGCUCGGAGGUAUUUCAGAAAGAGGCAAAGCUUUUCAGCCAAAGACCAAAGCCUUCAUGCACUCAAGGAUGACGAUGAUGCAGAUGAAGACUGCAGUGACAUAGAGCAACUCAUAAUCAAGGAGGAGUAUAUUGAAACUACAGUGUGUGAUGAUUCUCCAGAGCCGCCUCGUGUGUCUACAAGCGACAGCUUUGAUGUUUCCCCUUCGUCAGGGGUAGAACACAAGCCCUGUCCGUAUUGCCCUGCCAUGUUUGAGUCCGGAGUGGGUCUGUCCAAUCAUGUGCGAGGGCACCUUCACCGAGUCGGCUUGAGCUACAAUGCUCGGCACAUGGUUACGCCAGAACAAGUGGCACUGCGGGACCAUCAGCCACGAAUCCGCAGAAGGAUCACCUGCGGCACGAGAAAAAUUAAAAAAGCUGUGAAGCCAGAAACCCAAGGACAGCACGCAUGCCCCCUGUGCUGGGGUUGGUUUGAUACUAAGACUGGCCUCUCCAACCAUGUGAGGGGACACCUGAAACGAAUCGGUAGAAGUGUUACCAGCACCAGUAAGUCCCCGCUGUGCAUCCUUAAUGAACUGCUACAGGACAAAAAGGAACAUCAGAACAUCCUCCAGGUCCUCAACAAGAGCCAGGUCCCCUCACGACCUUUUGUGUCCCAGAAGCUAAUCAGCAGUGACGGCCUGCUCUUGAUGCACAUGGGCAUCCCAGUGAAAAUCCAAUAUGAGAUGAGGAGUCCACGUCCCAUAUUGGACGACUUUGUACCAAAACAGGAGGCAGAGGCCUUCUCAGAAAGGAAGAAGCCUCAGGCAGAAGCACAAAGAGGCACUAAGGCCUCCACUAGCACUUUAGUUGAACUCCUCAAGAUGAGACAGGAUAGUUUGGAGCUCACGGCGAGGAACAACCAGGACGCCUAUGCAAGCAGCAAGCUCUGUGAUUUGACCAAAGAUUACAUGGAGGAGACACAGAUGACCAGCGUGGAACCAAACUGGGCUCAUGGUAUGAAGUCUCAUGCACUCAGGGAAAGUGAUUCGAACAAGAUUUGUAUUCAGUGUAACGGCACCUUCCCCGGGCUUCCUGGUCACCUCAGAGCCUAUGCACACAGGAAGAGGAUUGCUAUUUUCGAAGAACCAGGCUAUGAUUAUAAACAGAAGAAGCCAAGACCAAGGCCUGGGCUAAAAAAGAAGAUUUUACCCUCCUUGAAUGCUGAGAUAUACACACUCACCUGCAGAUUCUGUGACCUCGUCUUCCAGGGUCCCUUGUCUAUCCAGGAGGAUUGGAUCAAGCAUUUACAGAGGCAUCUUCUGCACACCAGCGUGCCCCACUCAGGGACAGGGAUGGUUGAGGUUUUGGGUCUUCAUCACAAAAUACAAAUGAGUUUGUCUGGUGAUCACCCAGAUCUUGAGUAG